UCUUCACCCCUAAGUCUCCUCACAUUUGUCAUGCUGCAUUGCGUCCACACAAACACAAACACAAACACAUAUGUAUAAAUAGCAAUCAAGAAUUGUGCAAAAUAGGAAAAGCAAGAAAUGGGAGGUGCAACAAAAGAUGUAUUGAUAGUGCCCUUUUUCGGUCAAGGCCAUCUCUUCCCAUGUGCUGAGCUCUGCACACACAUUUCCUCUUACAACUGCAACUCAAUCUUCAUCAUCCCUUCUCAUCUCUCCUCCUCCAUUCCUUCCGAUCUCCACCUCAAUCCUUCCAUUGAAGUCGUCCAAAUCGAAUCCUCGGAGGAGACACUGCCACGGGAUGCUACUGAUGGAGAUUGGCCCGCUCCGGGGCCCCACCAUCACCGCCAGCUGUGCCAGGGGAUCGAGUCCUUCCUCUCCGGAAGGUUCGAGAAUUCCCCGCCCGCAUUCGUGGUGAUGGACGUGAUGAUGAACUGGAGCAAGCACAUUUUCAAGAAAGCCAACAUACCUAUUGUGUCCUUCUUCACCUCUGGCGCCUGCGCAGCUGCAAUGGAGUAUGCUGCGUGGAAAGCUCAUGUGGAUAACAUCGGGCCUGACCCGGCCCGGAUGCUACCUGGGCUGCCCGAUAGCAUGGCCCUGAGCUAUUCUGAUACUAGGAGACAGGAUCGCCGGCGGCAUGAGCUGGGCGGUGGCAGAGGCAGAGGCAGAGGAGGAGGCCGGGGGAGCGAUGGGGCGAACUUCGGGCGCCCGCGAUUAGGGCAGCACGCACGCUGGAUGGAUGAGACGGAAGGCUCUACUGCUCUGUUAAUCAACACUUGUGAUGCUCUCGAAUCUCCUUUUCUCGAGUACCUUACAGGCCAAGCUGAGAAGCCCGUUUUCGGCGUGGGGCCGUUGCUGCCGGGGACGUUCUGGAAGUCAAUUGGCUCAGUUGUUCGUGACCGAGACAGCAGGCCGUGGCGCGAAACGAACUACACGGAAGAUGAGGUGAUCCAAUGGCUGGACUCGAAGCCUGGUGGCUCUGUCAUCUACGUGUCGUUUGGUAGCGAGGUGGGCCCGUGUAUGGAGGAGUAUGAUGAGCUGGCAGAGGCAUUGGAAGAGACGGAGAAAUCGUUUAUAUGGGUUAUCCAGGCCGGAGCUGGACGGCCAGGCCCACCUGCGAGCCUUUUUGGUGGGAGAGCCACGCCAGAUACUAAAGAAGGAGGGUACGAGCCCCGUGGCUUGGAAGAAAGGGUUGGGAAGAGAGGCCUUAUCAUAAAGGGAUGGGCGCCACAGUUGUCAAUACUCAGCCAUCCCUCGACGGGAGGAUUCUUGUCGCACUGUGGGUGGAAUUCGACCAUGGAGGCAAUUGCUUGCGGCACCCCUAUCAUGGCCUGGCCAAUCAGGGGAGACCAGUUUUACAAUGCCAAGCUGGUUGUCAAGUAUCAUCAUGUUGGCCAUAUGCUUCCUGGUAUAGAUGAUCAAAUGGAAAUGGUGAAGAAGGGCAAUAUAAUUCAAGGGAUUAACCUGGUGAUGGAUGAUGGAGAAGUUCGCGGUCGAGCAACUGCCUUGAGAAGAAUCUUCGAGGGUGGUUAUGGUUAUCCCUCGAGUUCUGCUGCAUCGGUCAAGGCAUUGGUUGAGCUUAUAAGAAAGUAGCCUGAUUUCCCACCUAUCAAACAGAGCAUACAUCAAGAAUUUAUGGAGUGAUUAUACUUUUUGUUAGUGUGAAGAAACCAGUUGCAGCAUGUGUUUUCUGUUGACGUGCAUCGUGUUUAUGUAGUUAGUUCAUCAAGGGUAGCAAGCUCUACCCGUUUUAUACAAUUGUUUGAUUGUGUUUGCCUA